CUAAUUUAUACUUAUUACCUUCUAAAAAAAAAAAAAAAAAAACAAACGUACAACAAUCUUACCAAGCCUGUUAUUCGCAUCUAUAGCAUGUUGGACCAGGCUAUUCUUAAGAGGAAGAUUUCCACUAAAAACGAACUGAAAAGAUUGCUAUUGGAAUGAUGACAAUGACAAAUUUAGGCGCAUUAAAAUCGAGUGUAGCUGAUUGAAACUAAACAUGAUUGAAAACAUAGUUUUUUCAAGUUAUGUAGGAAAAUAACGAUGGCCAAACAUGAUAGAAUUCAAUCAUACUUUUCACAUCUUAAUUCCCUCUCUGAAAAGAUCACACUAGAUGUACAUAGCGUUAAAUCUUCAUACAGCCGAGAAGCUUGGCUGGCAUUGACUUUAAAGGAACAGGAAGAAGUUUUAAACAGUUAUUUUAUAAAUAAGGAUAUAUAUACUAAGUACAUUAAUAGAACUGAAGUGAACUUAACAGGACAAAAAUCUGAAUGUAGAUCAGAAUUUUUGAAUAAUGAUUACCCACAGUUUAGUUAUAGAAACAUUGUAUAUUUAUACAACGGAAAAGACUUACACACAUAUAAUCACCAAAAUGUAGGUUUAAAAAUUUUUCAUGACGAUAAUACCUCCGGUUGUCGAGAUGAACAUUCAUCUCCUUUUAGUUAUCGAACCAAAUCACAAAUAAACAUGUCUUUAAGAGAAUAUGAUGCAAUUCCCGUUCUCAAAUCGUCCAUCCAUUUAACACAGUAUCUUUAUUUAAAAUUAAAAUCGAAUAUUUCUAGCAACCAAAGUGUUCAGAUUCAUGCUAGUAAUAAGAUAGACGUUAAUAAAGUCAUAAGUAAACCUGAAAAUGAACAAAGAAAUAAAUUAAUUCAUAAUGAUAACGAAUACACCGAUUAUGAUGAAAAAUUGGAAUUAGUUUUUAGAUUUGGAUCGAAGAGCAGUGUGUCAAAUGAUUUGUCUGAUGAUGAGAAUGAACUUAAGAAUCAACGUCAAGACGAAAAGACAAAACUUUUAACUCCUGAACUGCAAAUCCCAAAAGGUUUCGAUUUUCUUAGUAAUUGGUAAUAUUAAUUUUAUAUCAAUUAUCAUGAAAUAUAUAAUUCAUUUAGUGCUAUAAAUUUCUUUAGCUCUUAUAAAAAUUAUUACAACUGGUAUUCGUAGAUUAUAAUACAUUCAUUAAAAAGAAUGUAUCAGAUAGAAGGAAGCGAUUAGAUUUGUCAUAUCUCUGUGCAGAGAUUCUAGAGACACUUGCACAGCGUAUGUUUGUUUCAGCAUCUGGCCAACAUACAAAACUCGAAAAGCUGUGGCGUCCAUAAUAACAAUGUUGAUUGAUUGCUUUUUUUAUUGAUAUUAUAUAUAUUUAAAAAUAAACAUAGUAAGUUAAAGCAGAUCUUAAUAUAGAUGGCCCAUAAUUUAAAUUAGAAAAGAAACCAUUUUUUUUAUAAGCCUAAUAAACCAAAAUUAUUCAUAAUUAAAAAAAAAAUACUUUAAUAUUUAGUACAUAUGUUUAAGUAAAUAAUAUAACCAUUUUGUUUAGUUUUUCGUAGUCCACUAUUAAAGGUAUCACAAAUGAAUUAAAAAGAGUAAGCCAGGAAAAUAAAUUUAAAAAAAAAAUUGCA